GUACGGCGAGUAGGAGAAUGCACAGCAGCACCUCGUCCUCCACCCCUUGAUUUGAAGGGCAUGACGGGCCGCAAGAUGUACUAGCCCUCGCAUGACAAAUAGGGAUUAUAUCACGGAUCAUUCUUGUAGUCUUACUCCUGGCCGAGGUCUUUCCGCUAUGAUAUUGACCCUGUGAUGUUGCGAAGAACAGCGCUCCUUCAAGGAAAAAGAUCUGGACUCGGCAAAAAAUUUGUUCUGCAUGACUACAUCAUCAAAUGAGGGGGAGUUGUGAGACGUCGUCGAGUUGUGCACUUUCAUAGCGUGCCGUCGGCUAAUGCUGCCGACAGGAGCAGGUCCGCGUCUUCUUCUUCCUCGAGAAGCGGUCGAAGUAGGGGACACCAGCGGGGUCGUCGAGGCACUACUGGGAGCAGUCGCGGUCCUCGUGCUCCGUCUGCCUCUCGUCGUGAACCGCGGCAACAAGCACACCUCCAAGCCGCUGUUGCCGGGGGCGUCGGGGGGAUCAUCCCCGCCUCUUCUGGUGCUGUGCCGUCUUCGGCGUCCGGGGUAGUUCCGUCGAGCAGAACGAAGGUCACGGACGCGAAGCGGGCGGCGGACAAAGAAAUGUUCUCAAAGUUCAGCGAGACUUUGCAAAACGUCAACUGGAGUACCGUUGGCGGUAUCAAAACGCGCAGGGACGAACGAGAAAGCAUCUUGGCCCAGCUCCGGGCCGAUCUCUGGGACAUGCAGGACGCUGGCGUAGAAGUAGUUGACGGCGGUGGAGGGGCGAGUGCCGUUGAUGCUCCGAAAGAAAUGGACCAAGUAGGAGGUGGAGGUGCCGCUUCUCCCGAAGCUGCGCCUCCUUUGGACCGCGUACGAACUGCCGGAACGGAGGCGGAACCUCAGCCCGAACCGGCCGAGGGAACGGCACCCGGCUCGCUGUUCACGCUCGAAUGCGAGGGAGAUGAAUUAUGCGUCUCUACUUUUGGCCUGGAUCAUGGGGAGACACGUUGCUGGGUAUCCUGUGUAAAGACGUCCCCACACGACCAGAGUCAAGAUGCGAAAUCUAAUCUGCAUCACAAAGCCAGGAGUUUUGGGACUCACACGUGACGAGUUCUUUCGAUCUGUAACGCAGGAGUGCAGGUCGCGGCUAGCUACAGCAGCCGCACCAGAAAUCGAUCACGUUAUCCGGACAGUAGCAUGACAAAUUGAAAAUCCAAAAUAACAUGUUGAGAAGAUACCUCUCGGUCUCAUGUGGCUGCGCAUGGGAAGCAUUGCACGUGCAGGCAUGCGAACUUGCAUGAUCAUAUCUCUGGGAUGGGGGCGACGUUUUUGCACAGGAUAGCGCGCAGAUACGGUCGACAGCUCGGCGGACGAGGAUCCGCUGCACCACCCAGACGAGGUCUCAGUGGUUGAGAAAACUUUCAGCGAGCUGUCAAUGUCGUCAAACACGCCCUCCGGUCAAGAAAGACCUGGUAGGAGUACAGCGUCCCGGGCCGUCGAAAUUGCUACGAUUCAGGGCGGAAGUGAAAAGCGUGCACAAGGAGAAGGUGCUGCUGGGCCCUCUUCUGCUAUUUCCCCGCGAGCAGGCAGAAGUAGCCGUGGCUCUUCUGCUGCUCGUAGAAGUGCGAGGUCUGCGUCCUCAUCUUCUCGUAGGAACAGGAAGAAAAGCGUCGGGCCCCCUGUGUCUAUUCGCCGCA